CUGUCACUUUCUGCACGUGAAGCCUGGAGGGUUCCAGAAAGCGGUCUCUGUUAGCCUAGCAUCGUCCUGUAGAGUCAGUUCUACUGUUUGUGGAUUAAUAUAUUUGACUAAUGUGUACAUCAUGUCUGCUAUAAAGGCAUUAAACCCGAAAGCUGAGGUAGCCCGUGCUCAGGCUGCUCUUGCAGUAAAUAUCAGUGCGGCUCGUGGGCUCCAGGAUGUGCUCAAAAGCAAUUUGGGACCAAAAGGAACAAUGAAAAUGCUUGUAUCAGGGGCGGGUGACAUAAAGCUGACCAAAGACGGUAAUGUUUUGUUGCAUGAAAUGCAAAUCCAGCAUCCAACAGCAUCCUUAAUUGCCAAAGUGGCCACGGCCCAGGAUGACAUCACAGGUGACGGCACAACAUCCAAUGUUCUUAUCAUUGGGGAACUUUUGAAACAAGCAGACCUCUAUGUUUCUGAGGGUCUCCACCCACGGAUAAUAGCCGAAGGUUUUGAGGCCGCCAAGGAGAAGGCUCUGGAAGUGCUGGAGGAGCUGAAGGUGACACGAGUGAUGGAUAGAGAGACCCUAAUCCACGUGGCCCGCACCUCCCUUAGAACAAAGGUCCACUCGGAGCUGGCUGAUCUCCUCACAGAGGCUGUGGUGGAUGCUGUGCUGGCUAUCCACAGACCCAAUGAGCCUAUUGACUUGUUCAUGGUGGAGAUCAUGGAGAUGAAGCACAAGACUGACAGCGACACACAGCUGAUCCGAGGCCUGGUGUUGGACCACGGCGCCCGACACCCCGACAUGAAGAAACGGGUGGAGGAUGCCUUCGUGCUCACGUGCAACGCCUCUUUGGAAUAUGAGAAAACCGAGGUGAACUCCGGCUUCUUCUACAAGAGUGCUGUCGAGAGGGAGAAGCUGGUGGCUGCUGAGAGAAAGUUUAUUGAGGAACGUGUGAAGAAGAUCAUUGAGCUCAAGAAUGCUGUGUGUUCUAACAACAACAAAGGCUUUGUUGUUCUCAAUCAGAAGGGUAUAGACCCAUACUCCUUGGAUGCUCUGGCCAAAGAGGGGAUUGUUGCUUUGCGGAGAACCAAGAGGAGGAACAUGGAAAGACUCACCUUGGCCUGUGGAGGCAUUGCCAUGAACUCUUUCGAUGACCUCACUCCAGAAUGCCUGGGUCAUGCAGGUCUGGUCUACGAACACACACUGGGUGAGGAGAAGUACACGUUCAUUGAGGAUUGUGGCAACCCACGGUCAGUGACCCUGCUGGUGAAGGGACCCAACAAACACACCCUGACCCAGAUCAAAGAUGCAGUCAGGGAUGGGCUCAGGGCCGUCAAGAACGCCAUUGAGGAUGGCUGUGUAGUGUCUGGGGCCGGGGCCUUUGAGGUUGCUGUGCAUGAUGCUCUGAUAAAGCAUAAACCCUCAGUGAAGGGCCGGGCUCAGCUAGGUGUGCAGGCUUUCGCUGACGCUCUUCUUGUCAUCCCUAAGGUUCUAGCUCAGAAUUCUGGAUAUGAUCCACAGGAGACCCUGGUUAAACUCCAGACUGAGUACAAAGAGAGUGGCCAGUUGGUUGGGGUGGACCUUAGCUCUGGUGAACCAAUGGUUGCUUCUGAAGCAGGGGUUUGGGAUAACUACAGUGUUAAGAAACAACUUCUUCACUCAUGCACUGUAAUAGCCAGCAACAUCCUGUUGGUGGAUGAGAUUAUGAGAGCAGGCAUGUCAUCCCUUAAAGGCUAAAGUCAGAACCAAGAUCAAAGAUAAGCUCUUGUGGGGGACAACCAUGGAAGACUCUCACUUCAGAUGAUAGUUACUAGCGUUAUAGAAUAACUAAGGAAAUGGACCAGUAUUAGAACAUUCUCAUCCUUGUAAAUGGAUAUGAAUUCCUCUGUGUCCCUGCUGUUAUUUGUUUAGAACUGUUUAUUUCCCUCCCACAGAUGUUUUUUUAUGGAUCAUACCAAGAAUGUAUUACCCAACUUGAUGUAUGUACCUUAAUAAACAUGUAGCUAUGCUCUGUGAUACUAA